AUGUCUGAAGAAGUAUUCAGUUUCAAUGCCGAUUUGCAGCAGUUGAUGAGUCUGAUCAUUAACACCUUCUACUCCAACAAAGAGAUCUUCUUGAGAGAGCUCCUUUCUAAUGCCUCAGAUGCUUUAGAUAAGAUGAGAUACAAGGGAAUCACUGAGCCAGAAACUUUGGAGUCAAAUCCAGACUUGAAGAUCCAGCUUAUCCCAGACAAAAGCAACAAUACCCUCACUAUCUAUGACAGUGGUAUUGCCAUGACUAAGUCUGAGUUGAUCAACAACCUCGGAACCAUUGCUAAAUCCGGAACCAAGGCUUUCAUGGAAGCAGUAUCCCAAGGAGCUGAUCUCUCAAUGAUUGGCCAAUUCGGUGUAGGAUUCUACUCUACCUACCUUGUUGCCGAAAGAGUGACUGUUAUCUCUAAAUCCAACGAUGACGACCAAUACAGAUGGGAGUCUAAUGCUGGAGGUACCUUCACCAUCAACAAGGAUGACAGCGAGGACCUCAAGAGAGGAACCAAGAUCAUCCUCCACCUCAAAGAAGACCAGCUUGAGUUCUUAGAAGAGAAGAGAGUGAAGGAUCUUGUAAAAAAGCACUCUGAAUUCAUUGGAUUCCCAAUUGAGCUCUUGUGCGAGAAGACCACUGAGAAAGAAAUCACUGAGUCUGAUGAUGACGAUGAUGACGAGAAGAAGGACGAAGACAAGAAAGACGAGAAGGACGAGAAGAAGGAAGAGGAAGAGAAGAAAGAGAAGGAAAAGAAGAAAAAGAAGAUCAAGGAAGUUUCUCAUGAAUACGAGCAGUUGAACAAGACCAAGCCAUUGUGGAUGAAGAAGCCAGAAGAAGUUACUAAGGAAGAAUACGCUUCUUUCUAUAAGUCUAUCUCCAAUGACUGGGAAGAGCAUCUUGGUGUCAAGCACUUUUCAGUUGAGGGACAACUUGAGUUCAAGGCUCUCCUCUUCGUUCCAAAGAGAGCUCCAUUCGAUCUCUUCGAGUCCAAGAAGAAGAAGAACAACAUCAAAUUGUACGUCAGAAGAGUCUUCAUCAUGGAUGACUGUGAUGAACUCAUCCCAGAAUGGCUUGGAUUCAUCAAGGGAGUUGUUGAUAGUGAUGAUCUCCCAUUGAACAUCUCAAGAGAGACUCUCCAGCAAAACAAGGUCUUGAAAGUAAUCAGAAGAUCUAUCAUCAAGAAGUGCCUCGAAAUGUUCGCUGAGCUCUCCGAGAACCAAGAAGACUACAAGAAGUUUUAUGAGCAAUUCUCCAAGAACAUCAAGUUGGGUGUCCACGAAGACUCAAACAACAGGACUAAGUUGGCUGAACUCUUGAGAUAUCACUCUACUAAGAGCGGAGAUGAUCUCGUAUCAUUCAAGGAGUAUGUGUCAAGAAUGAAGGAAGGACAGAAAUCUAUCUACUACAUCACUGGAGAAUCUAUUGCUGCAGUCUCUAAGUCUCCAUUCAUUGAAGGACUUAAGAAGAGAGGACUCGAAGUACUCUUCCUCGUAGACCCAAUCGAUGAGUACGCUGUCCAGCAACUCAAGGAAUAUGACGGAAAGAAGCUCGUCUCAGUCACUAAGGAAGGACUCGACCUCGAAGAGACUGAAGAGGAAAAGAAGAAGAAAGAAGAAGAAAAAGCUAAAUUUGAAGCUCUCUGUAAGCUUAUGAAGGAUGUCCUCGGCGAUAAGGUUGAAAAGGUCCAACUCGGAUCCAGAAUUGAAGACUCCCCAUGUGUGCUCGUCACCAGUGAGAACGGAUGGAGUGCUAACAUGGAAAGAAUCAUGAAAGCUCAGGCUUUAAGAGAUAACUCCAUGACCUCUUACAUGAUUUCCAAGAAGACAAUGGAAGUCAACUCCAAGCAUCCAAUCAUUGAUGAGCUCAGAAAGAAGGCUGAACAAGACCAAGGAGAUAAGACCGUCAAGGACUUGAUCUGGCUAUUGUAUGAAACCUCCCUCUUGACCUCUGGAUUCUCUCUUGAAGAGUCAACCACCUUUGCCGGAAGAAUCCACAGAAUGAUCAAAUUGGGUCUUUCCAUCUAUGACGAUGAUAAGGAAGAUGAAGAUGAUGACCUCCCAGAUCUAGUCGACGACGGAGAUGCUGAUGGUGAUGACGAAGCCACCAAAAUGGAAGAAGUUGAUUAAUCUACUUAAUCUUAUCUAAAUUUGAG